GAGCAGCAGCAGGGAUAAAGGCUUUAACUUUACCCUAAUUUAAACCCUUCGGCGUUCGCUCUCUUCCUGUCUCUGGAUUCCCGUCGCUGAACCUGUAAACUAAUCGAAGCCUUGGCCAUCUUCUUCGCCAACUAAACUGUCUGACAAAGAAACAAGGACAAAAGAAAAAUGGUAAGAGAAAGAGAAACUCCAAAGCAGCAACAACAGGUUUCAUACACAGUGGAGCAGCUUGUAGCCGUCAAUCCUUACAAUCCCGACAUCUUACCUGAUCUCGAGAACUACGUUAAUGAACAGGUUUCAUCGCAAACGUAUAGCCUGGAUGCUAAUCUCUGCCUUCUUCGCCUCUACCAGUUCGAGCCUGAGCGUAUGAGCACACAAAUUGUUGCACGCAUUUUGGUUAAGGCUCUCAUGGCAAUGCCAGCUCCAGAUUUCAGCCUCUGUCUCUUUUUAAUUCCUGAGCGAGUGCAAAUGGAGGAGCAGUUCAAGACACUGAUUGUUCUUUCUCACUAUCUGGAGACAGGAAGAUUUCGUCAGUUCUGGGAUGAAGCAGCUAAAAAUCGUCAUAUUGUCGAGGCUGUGCCGGGUUUUGAGCAAGCAAUCCAGACGUACGCCAUUCAUGUCCUCUCCCUGACUUACCAAAAGAUUCCAAGACCUGUACUUGCUGAGGCUAUUAACAUCGAAGGUCUAUCCUUGGACAAAUUCCUUGAACACCAGGCGGCCAACAGCGGUUGGAUUCUUGAGAAGGGUCAUGGCAGGGGUCAACUAAUAGUCCUACCUCGAAACGAAUUUAACCAUCCUGAGCUGAAGAAAAGCGCUGCUGAUAGUGUUCCAUUGGAGCACAUCACCCGUAUUUUCCCCAUUCUUGGUUAAGCCUCUAGCUGGGAUGAACACUUUUUUGGAGUUAUUUGUGCCAUGUUUUCGUUGACAUUGCGACCAUUCUCUUUGUUUUUUUGUCUUGGAUAUAUAUAUAUAUAACUGAGAACAAGCUAUUUUAGGAUAGACUUGUCAAGCUACCCCAAAGAUUAGCUUUGAAUCGGUUCCUUUUUAUAUCUAUUUUUUCACUUAUCAGAAUUUCAGAAUAUAUUUAUUUACUGCGCGUUCUUCUUAA